GUCACAUCAGUAUUCAAAACAUGUGCAUGUAGUUAUGGAAUAAAUUUUAUAAUUAUUUGAAAUACAAAAGUGUUUUGGGCUUGGAAGUACCGAGUUUGCCUAGAGGUCGGAUCAGUUGAUGCACUCCUGGUACGGCCCGUAUCGGUAGCCCGCGAAAGAGCAGUUCUAGGCUCAAGGGUUCCGCUUCAAGGGGCGGCUCUACAAGUGCAGACGACGAGCAGCGCCAGGGCAGAGGAGGCGGACGCACGGCGUACGACGGAGGUUUCUGGACGGGUGCGGGGAGGUAGGAGUAGCGGCAGGCGGCGCUUCAGCACCAAUCGCCACCACCAGCAAGCCAACCGCCGCCACCACCGGCAUCUGUCGAGCCAUGAGCAAGGGAGCCAAGAUGACGGAGCCGACCACUAUUGUAGGCUGUUCUAUCUUCCCGUUCAGAGUAGACUACGAGCAAAACAAGAAGCUUCCCAUCGGGGAGGCCGUCCACUCCGACGUCGUCUCUGUCGGGGGACACCUCUGGAGGGUCGAGUGCUUCCCGCGUGGUUAUGAUGAGGCCAACAAUGGCGAGUAUAUUUCUAUCUUCUUCAGCCACGCGAGCCGAUCUAGAAGCGUCAGGGUCAUCGCCGAGGCCUUCAUGAUUGGUAGGGACGGCGAACCAUCUAUAUCGUACGAGCGGCGCAUAUGUGAAACCUUCGCAAUCAGCGGAGAUGAAAGGCUCCACGACUCCUGGGGAUGGACUCGGUUCGAGAAGGUUACUGAUGUGGAGAAUUUUUUUCUAAUAGAGAGGCAUGUCACAUUUGUAUGCACCAUUGUGGUCAUGGAUGACAGUCCUAUUCCAGUCCCUCCUUCAGACAUUGGGAUCCAUCUUGGCCGCCUGCUAGAUCACACUGACGGGACAGAUGUGUCAUUCAUCAUUGAUAACGAGACAUUCCCUGCUCAUCGAGCGGUUCUUGCUGCCCGAUCACCGGUCUUCAGAGCAGAGCUCUUCGGUUCCAUGGCUGAGGCUACCAUGUCGUCCAUCACACUGCACAACAUCACACCUACAACAUUUAAAGUUAUGCUUCAAUUUAUAUACACGGAUGAAUUGCCUGCAAAAGAUGACCUUGAGGACUCUUCCAUUGAGAUGAUUCAGAAUCUACUCGCUGCAGCUGAUUGUUAUGCACUUGACCGAUUGAAGUUUAUCUGUGCCCAAAAGUUAUGGGAUAAAGUGUCGGUAGAUACAAUUGCAACUAUCUUAGCUUGUGCAGAAACCUACAACUGUCACGAGUUGAAGAACAAGUGCAUUGACUUCUUUGUGCUGGAGGAAAAUUUCAAGCAGGAUGUAUUCACUGAUGGUUAUGUAGCAUUGGUUAUAAAAUUUCCAUUGGUUGCCGCUGAGCUCAAAAAGAGGGUUAGGGCAUAACACGGGUUUGAAGUUCAAGCCUAGCUCUAGUAUGGUGUUGGUAUAUGGUGAGUAAUAUUUGGAUCUUCUGAAGCAUACAAUCUCUGUUGGCUUUGUUUGGGAGCUUGAUAUUGCAGAAUCUUGUUAUGUGUUGGGCUCAGUUGAUACCAAGUAUUGAUAGGUAUAAUUGAGGUCAGGUGGAGCAUGUUGUUAGAUGACUUAGAUGCAAAGUUAAGGACGCCGUGUUAAAUCAGUAGCACAUUUUUGUUUUUAUCUUUGUGUUGGUCUGAGCAUGUCGUGUCCUGAAGCUUGCAGGAUUUUCGCUUUUGCUAAUGCAGGUGCAUAACUAUCUAAUUAUCUGUAGUCUGAGCUCCAUGGGUACGUACUAUAUAUGAUCAGUGCAAA